GGGCGCCCUCAGGUUGUUGUGGCAUGAUGGCUAGGUUAAACUCAGGACCCGAGCUAUAGUGAGAAGUAUGCAGUAGAACAGGUAUUUUUUUUAAAACUACAUUUCCAGCGCCGCACAGGACACCCUUUGGUAACCAGCCAUGUCGCAAAAGGAACUGAAGGAAGCGUUUGUCAGUAAUCUAAAUGGUACCAGUCUUCAGGAGGUGGCACUGGGCUCACUUCUCUCUCCAGUGUGCAUCAUCAACAGAGGACUCAUCCUGAUCCUCUACUAUCAGGCCAAAAGGACUCUUCCUUUGCCUCUUCCACUUGUUUCUCACCUGUGUCUAGAUUUCUCCCUGCUUAUUCUUCCCCUUGUGCUGUCAUGCACGAUCCUUAGCAGCAUUCUCCUCCAAGUCAUCCUGAGCCUUAUCUUUUUAUUAGCAUGCAUUAUUGGCUUCAUCUAUCUUAAAAACAACCAUGCACAAAGCACUGUCAGCGCCUUUCUGCAGAGUCACGUUCAGUUCGAGCAGGUUCCCUUUGUGACCAUGUUUCGAGUGUUUGUAAAUGUAAAAACAGCAAUCAGCAUUCUUGCAGUUGACUUCAGCGUGUUCCCAAGACGAUACGCCAAAACAGAAACCUAUGGGACAGGUGUCAUGGACUUUGGUGUUGGAGCUUAUAUAUUUGCAAAUGCUCUUGUUUGUCCUGAGGCACGAGGGAAGAGCAUCUCAGGAUCAAGGGUGAACCACAUCAAGAAGCAGCUCCUGUCCGUGUGGCCGCUGGUUGCUCUUGGAUUGGGAAGGCUGGUUAGUGUCAAAAUGACCGGCUACCAUGAGCAUGUGAAAGAAUAUGGCGUCCACUGGAAUUUCUUCUUCACACUAGCCAUCGUCAGAGUUGUCACCUCUUUGCUUUUGGCUGUCUUGCCAGCCAACCAGUCAUGGGUAUAUGCAAUUCUGAUCAGUGGAUUUUAUCAAUUUGCUCUGGAGAAAUCAGAGCUGAAGGACUUUAUUCUCCACAACAAUGACAGAGAGAAGGACUUUAUUCAUGCGAACAAGGAGGGCAUUUUCUCAGUAGUGGGCUAUGUGGCUAUCUACAUGGCAGGAGUUCAGGUUGGACUCUAUGUGAUGCAACCAAGAUCUCUUGUUCGACAGUGGCUCAAAGCCCUCCUUAACCUUUUGUUUGCAUGUUUCAUUCUAUACACUGCUCUGUGGACAUGUCAGACACUCAUAGAGCCUGUGUCUCGCUGCUUAGCUAAUUUGCCUUUCUGCAUAUGGAGUGUUGCACAAUCAUUGUUGUUUCUGUCUUGCAUUGGCAUUGCUGAUAUUGUUUUACUGUUUUCAAAAAAGACAUCAGGCUGUCAUUUGGUUCCUUCAUCAUGGAAUCUGUUUAAGAAAGAGUCAGACUCUGGCAAAAAGACCUAUAAGGUAGAACGGCUGUGCCUUGUUCAGGCUGUCAGCAGGAACCAACUGUUGUUUUUCCUGUUUGCAAAUGUCAUGACAGGAUUGACAAACUCACUAGUGGACACACUAAGCUGCAGCAGUGUAUUUUCAGUGUGUGUUUUGCUGCUGUACAUGUUUGUGAAUUGCUUUGUGAUUUAUCUUUUACAUGUUUGUGGAAUCACUAUAAAAUUCUGGUAAAGUUGCAUUUAAAAACUACAAGAUUAAUGUGUGCCUUAAAGUUUAGCGCAGUGAGGAUAAUUGAGAGCAUGCAAUGCUGUAUAAAAUAUGUAUU